AUGCCAGGGGCCAUGGACACGGGCCAGGCGUCCGGCCUGAGCAGUACUGGCGAUGGCGACAAGGACAGAUACCUGCAGGUGCUGUUACAGGAACUCUGCCAGCUCCAGGCCAAGCAGAGGAAGCUGAAGAGAGAGAUGGAGAAGUACAAGCGUUUUGAAGACUAUCUGAUUAAGGUCCUCGAGAAAAUCCCCAAGGGUUACAAUGAAGGGCAGGAGACGGAGGAGGCCCGGGAGGAGGCCCUGGUGGAGGCCCUGGUGGAGCAUUACGGGAAGCUCUUCACCGUCAGCCAGGACAUCCAGAAGCACCUGGAGGCCUUCUCCAAGAUGAGCCAGGCCGUCCACCAGAGCCUGGAGUCCCUGGAGGAAAGCCAUCGAGCUCUUAUUCCGACCCUCAAGAUCCGGCUGUGCCAGCUGCAGAAGAGGUGUCACCGCAGGCAGGAACAGUGGCAGUCGGGACACAGUGUCCCCUUCCAGAAAGACACGGGCAGCCAUAGUGUGGGAAGCAAGGCUGCCGCAGCUGAUCGCCACCCCGGAGGCCUCAAGUCCAGGACGCAGGCGCUGCCUGGAGUGCGGAGCGCUGGGUGCCUCCAGGCCCCUGCCCAGCCCCUGCCCCAGAGCCAGCUGCUCAACUAUAUGCAAAUGGCCAUCGACAACAUGGCCCAGCAGUGCUGCUCCUCUGACUGCGUGGAGCCCAAGAGCAUGGGCCUCUUCUCCAAGCUCGACCUGAUUCAGAAAUUUAUAUUGGACAAAAUGGAGACCGUGAAAUUUAUCUUACUGCUCAUGGAACCCAGUGUGUGCUGGACAGGCGGUAGACACAAGGACCAGGGAUUCAGAAGUUGCCCCAGACCCUUCAGAAAAUGUCCGACGAGGCAAGAUAUAAUCCCAAGGGCCCCCAUUCCCACCACUGAGCAUUCAGAGUACUCCUGCCUGCGCUGA